AUGAGAAUUUAUAAGGAUAUUAUUACCGGUGACGAGAUGUUCUCGGACACAUACAAAAUAAAACUGGUUGACGAAGUUAUCUAUGAAGUCACCGGUAAAUUGGAAACGAGGAUCCAGGGUGAAGUUAAAAUUGAGGGAUUCAAUCCCUCUGCUGAGGAAGCGGAUGAGGGAACUGACACCGCAGCCGAGAGCGGUGUUGACAUUGUUCUCAACCACAGGCUUGUGGAGAGCUACGCCUUUGGUGACAAGAAGUCUUACACAUUGUACCUUAAAGACUACAUGAAAAAAUUAAUAGCAAAAUUGGAGGAGAAGUCACCUGACCAAGUAGAAGUGUUCAAAACUAACAUGAACAAAGCAAUGAAGGACAUACUCAGUAGGUUUAAGGAUCUCCAAUUCUUCACUGGCGAGUCCAUGGAUUGUGAUGGCAUGGUAGCCAUGUUGGAAUACAGGGAUAUUGAUGGAGUUUCCACCCCCAUUAUGAUGUUCUUUAAACACGGUCUUGAAGAGGAGAAGUUC